GGCAUUUUCAGGUAUGCAUAUGUCAUUGCUGGUGGAUUAUGUGCGUAUAUAUUUAUGGUUGAGAACCAAAAUGUUACAGGAAUGCAAGUUUACCCACUUACAAAUUGAAUCCAUCUUCCUUAUCUACAAUUCGUUUGUUAUUGCAAUCUUCACACCAUUGAUAUGGAAAAACGGCCACCAAGAAUGGACAAAUGCAGCUUCAAUUGCUCGUUAAUAGAUGAUCGUGUGGCCUAUUAAGUAAGCACGGGUAUUCUUUCAAGUUUUAUGGUACAAGUUGCAGAAAGUUUAAGCUUCAUAUUUUUUAUGGAACUGGAUCCUCGCCGCAUACAUGCUCGAGUCAUCAAAACCAAUACGGCUGGCGCUUCGCAGUAUCGCUUUCAGCUCAAUAAUCUCAUAACCCUUUACUUCAAAUCCCAUCUCGUGGCUGAGGCCGUCCAUGUCUUCCAACAAAUCCCAUCACCCAAUGUGGUUUCAUGGACAUCCCUCAUCUCCGGCCACUCCAACACUCACUUCGGCCUUAGUUACUUUGUCUCUAUGCUCCGCCACCCCAUUCUUCCCAACCAGCGUACCAUAGCAAUCGUUCUCAAAACCUGUGCUUCUCUCCCUUCUCUUUCUUUUGGUCUCCAGCUUCAUGCUCUAUCUACCAAACUUUCCCUUGCCAGCGAACCCUUUUCGGCCUCUGCCCUCAUCCAUUUUUACUCGAAAACUCAGCUCCCUACCAAUGCCCAAAAGGUGUUCGAUGAAAUUCCUCACAGAGACGCUGUUUGUUUUUCCUCUGUUAUUGUUGGGCUUGCCCAGAACUCGAAACCUAUCGAUGCUUUGUCUUACUUUUCUGAAAUGAGAGCUUGUGGGUUUGGGUCUACAGACUAUAGCGUGUCUGCUGCAUUGCGUGCAUCUGCGGAACUAGCUUCUUUAGAACAAUGUAGGGUGGUUCAUGCCCAUUCGAUUGUUAACGGGCUUGAUUCAAAUGUGAUUGUGGGGACGGCUUUGGUAGAUGGGUACGGGAAAUGUGGGAUGGUAGACGAGGGACGUUUGGUGUUUGAUCAACUUCUAUCGAUCUUAAAUCUUAUAGGAUGGAAUGCAAUGUUGUCGAGCUAUGCACAACAAGGGGACAAAGAUUCAGUAACCGAACUAUUUUCAAUAAUGGAGUAUCGAGGUCUCGUACCCGAUCAAUAUAGUUUUUUAUCCGUCAUGACAGCUUUCUGCAACGCGGGUUUGGCUGAUGAGACAGAACGAUGGUUUAGGAAGAUGGAAUUAGAGUACAAAUUGGAACCAUGGAUCGAGCACUACACAUGUUUGGUGGGUGCAUUGGGUAGAGCCGGGAAAUUAGAGGAAGCAAAGAAGAUUGCUUUCACAAUGCCAAUUCAUAAACCCGAUGCUGCAAUAUGGCGGGCGUUGCUGUCGACCAGUGCACAUCAUGGUAACAUUGAAAUGGCCAAGGAAAUGAGUCAAAAGUUACAGGAACUCGACCCACAAGACGAUUCGGCUUAUGUGAUUGCUGCAAAUGCCUUUUCUGGUGCUGGAAAGUUGGAGGACGUGCAAGAAGUGAGGAAGUUGAUGAAAGAUAGGAGGGUGAAAAAGGAAGGUGGGUUGAGUUGGAUAGAAGUUUGUGGGCAAGUUCACGUCUUUUUGGCCGGAGAUCGUCGACAUGAAAAAACAGAGGAAAUCUACGCGAAAUUAGCCGAGUUAAUGGAGAAGAUAUCGAAGUUAGGGUACGUGCCCGUUUGGGAUGAAAUGCUGCAUGAAGUAGGGAAAGGGGAGAAAAGGGAAGCACUUUGGCAUCAUAGCGAGAAAUUGGCUGUGGCGUUCGGACUGGUUUCCGGGGCGGCACCACCGGGGAAGACGGUGAGGAUCGUGAAGAAUCUAAGGAUCUGUAAGGAUUGUCAUGAGGCGUUCAAGUAUAUUAGCCGAGUGGUUGAACGAGUGAUUAUUGUUAGGGAUGUUAAUAGAUACCAUAGGUUUUCGGAUGGUGGUUGUAACUGUGGAGAUCAUUGGUGAUCUUUGUCUUUUCGGAUUAACAAAGGCCGAUAAUUUUACCCGGUAAGAGCAAUGAUAAGGUAAAGUGUUGUACGCUAUCAUAACAUUUUGAUGGACUACAAUCUUACUGGUAAUUAAAGUAAGUUAAGAGUGUUGAGUUUACCAGUAAUCUUGAGUUUAUACAUGAUGUUUUGGUAUGAAGUUGGGUAAAGUUUUACUAUGAAUUCUUUAGUUGGGAGUUCAAUGUUGAAACUACC